UCAAAAAGAAAUCAGUCUGUUCGUGUCUUAAAAAUGAAGAAGAUCAAAUUUUGGGAGCUUUUAACAAUUUCUGGGUGCUUUUGUUUAAUUAGUGGAUAUAAGAACGCAGUGGAAAAUGUCUAUUACUGGCGAAAAGUGUUAUAUGAAAAUCUACCUUAUUCCGACGAUACUUUAAUCGGGAAAUAUCCUUAUCAUAUUUCUGUCAAUAAUGAUAUAAAUGGAAUUGAAUAUCACGCACGGAGUGGAUUGAUGAUAACAACAGUAGCCCGAAUUCGUCCUGGAGUUCCGUCAACUCUCAAUGCUUUCUGUGUUGCUGAUUAUGAUCCAGGAACUAGUCCUUAUAUUUGGGGACUUCCCAACUACGAAAAGAAUACAUUGAAACCAGAAUUUUACGGAGAAUCGUAUUACGAUAGUCGGGAUCUUCUGAAUAAUAAUCGCAAUUACUCAGCUGGAUAUUUCAAUUACUUCUUCGGCUAUACUGAACUGGAUUCAAGCAGAAAAGGAUAUUACAAACGGCCGUACAAUUAUUAUCAAAACACUCAAGAUUUCUCAAUUAUCUCAACAUAUUUUCCAAAUGUGGAUAAUCAAUGCGACCGUCUUUUUAUUCUGGAUACUGGAAUACUUCGCUAUGGAGCAUCUGAAUCCUAUGUUGUUCAAAAUCCAGCUGUUAUAGUUUUCGAUUUAUCCUCCAGUGGUUGUCAAAAUAGAAAUUUUCCUGUAAUUCGUCGUGUAGAAAUUCCUAGUCACUUGUGGAGCGUUGCUCCUGGUUUCCUAUUUCUUACUCCUGAUUACAAACCUAAAGGUUCUUGUGAUGACGUGUUUCUUUAUAUCACAAAUGUUUUUGAUAGUAGUAUCAUUGUCUAUGACUACAAGAAAGGUAAUUUCUGGUCUAUUUCGGAUCCAUCAAUGAAGCCAAUUACCGCUGAAGCAACGUUGACUUUUAAAGGAGUGAAUUAUAUAAUUCCACUUGGAAUAGUUAAUGUAGCCCUUGGAUGGCCAGAUAAGCAUGGAUAUAGGAAUGCUUAUUACGCUCCUGGUUCGAGUUUGGCAGAAUAUGUUGUUUCUACGAAAGUACUCCAGGAUUCUAAGGGAGUGUUUAACAAAUACGAUUCUAGUGAAUUUACAUUAAUUGGAUAUCGAGGAUGCAACUCCGAAAACUACAAACAAGUCUUUGACCCAAAUACAGGUGUGAUCUUCUUUGGUGAAAUGGAGUCGAAUAGAGUACGAUGCUGGAAUACACAGCUCCCUCUAAAUCCAGAUACAAUUGGAAUAGUUUAUGAGUCAGAUGAAUCCGUGUUCUACGCUGAGAUGUCUUUAGAUUCCAAUGGUUAUUUGUGGUUCCUUACCAAUCAACUUGCACUUCUUUUCAACAGUGACGAUCUUCUAGAUACUUCCGAAGUGAACUCAAGAGUUUUUCGCGUGAAAGCAUCCGAAGCAAUAAAGGGAACUGUAUGCGAUAUUUCUUAUCAAUACUAAAUUUUUUCGAAAACGAAUUGUAUCACGUUCCUGUAGGGGAAUUUUUUAACAGUAUGAUAAUGUCAUAUGAUAAAUUUUUGUGGUAACUUCGUAAGCAGAACAACAAUAAAGCCCAGUGAGUGUCCAUUGCAAGGAGCUCUCUGAAGCUCUUA